GCGUGCGUUUUCUUCGAAUUUGAAAGCAUUCAACCGUGAGGAUAUCCAGGAUCUUCUGGGCAAAAUUCCAGCGAGAAGAGGCAGCCAUGAUGAGCUCUCAGCGCAACCACGAAAGUUCCUUAUCGAUGUCGAUACAACCCUGCAAAGCUUGCUGGAACGGGAGGAUACGGACAGGAACAUGCAGAUAACAAUUGAGGAUGUUGGUCCCAAGGUAUUGUCCGUAGGAACAGCCGCAUCAUCUGGGUUUAACAGAUUCGAUGUGCGAGGAACGUACAUGCUUUCCAAUCUUCUCCAGGAGCUCACCAUCGCCAAAGACUAUGGGCGGAAGCACAUCAUUCUCGACGAAGCUCGUUUGAGUGAGAACCCAGUUUCGCGUCUAUCUCGCCUUAUCAAGAAUUCAUUUUGGAACGCCCUGACUCGUCGCAUCGAUGGUUCCAAUAUUGAGGUCGCCGGCAGGGAUCCCAAAGACUGGACUGGUGAUCCGCGGCCUCGAAUCUAUGUUCCCCCCGGUGCCCCCGAGCAGUUCGAGUACUACAAGGGGAUUGCUGAGAAGCACCCCGAGUUGCGCCUUGAUGUGCAGAUGCUGGACGCGAAGAUUACACCGGAGUACGUGAGGGAUCUUAACUCUAAGCCUGGAUUGCUUGCGUUGGCAAUGCAGAAGAAGUACAAUGAAUCCACCCAAAAGACCGAAUACGUUGGUGUGCCGUUCGUUGUCCCAGGAGGAAGAUUCAACGAGCUGUAUGGGUGGGACAGCUACAUGGAGUCUCUAGGCUUGUUGGUCAGCAACAGAGUGGACUUGGCCAAGGCCAUGGUCAUCAACUUUUGCUUCUGUAUCAAGCAUUACGGCAAGAUAUUGAAUGCCAACCGCUCAUACUACCUAACUCGUUCUCAGCCACCGUUCCUGACCGAUAUGGCCCUGCGCGUCUAUGAGCGUAUCAAGAACGAGCCGGACGCAAUGGAAUUCCUUCGUAACGCAACACUCGCUGCGAUUAAGGAAUACUACAGCGUCUGGACGGCUGAACCGCGUUAUGACGAGCUGUCGGGUCUGUCCAGGUACCGUCCCGAAGGACAGGGCGUUCCUCCCGAAACCGAACCGACUCAUUUCACGCAUAUCCUCACUCCGUAUGCUGAAAAGCAUGGUAUGGAGUUCAAGGAGUUUGUCCAGGCUUACAACGAAGGCAAGGUCAAGGAACCUGAGCUUGAUGAGUACUUCUUGCACGAUAGAGCAGUCCGUGAAUCGGGCCACGAUACGAGCUACCGUCUCGAGAGAGUCUGCGCUAAUCUGGCCACGGUAGACUUGAACUCUCUUCUGUACAAGUACGAGGUUGAUAUCGCCAGGAUUAUCCGGACCUAUUUCAAAGACAGGCUAGAAAUCCCUCCUGAAUUCCGCACCGAGUCGACCAAGGAUAUCGAAAGUGAGUCAUCCUCCGUGUGGGAUCGUCGUGCAAGAAGACGCAAGAUGCGGAUGGAUACCUACCUUUGGGAUGAUGAGAAGGGCAUGUACUUUGACUAUGACACGGUUCUGCAGAAGCGAACCACUUAUGAGAGCGCCACAACAUUCUGGGCCAUGUGGGCCGGACUUGCGACGCCGCACCAGGCGGCAGAAAUGGUGAGGAAGGCUUUGCCAAGGUUCGAAGUCUACGGUGGUCUGGUUUCCGGAACCGAGGAGUCCCGCGGCGCUGUAGGGCUGGACAGACCUAACCGGCAAUGGGACUACCCGUACGGCUGGGCUCCGCAGCAGAUGUUGGCAUGGACGGGACUGCUGAGAUACGGCUACCAGGAGGAAGCUGAGCGUCUCGCGUACAAGUGGUUGUUCAUGAUUACUAAGGCCUUCGUUGACUUUAACGGUGUUGUCGUCGAGAAAUACGAUGUCACUCGGCCUAUCGAUCCACACCGGGUCGAUGCCGAAUAUGGCAACCAGGGUGUAGAUUUCAAGGGUGCGCCUCGAGAAGGGUUUGGCUGGGUUAACGCCAGUUAUGUGUACGGUCAGGAGUUCCUCAACGCCCAUCAACGGCGUGCGCUGGGAGCCAUCACCCCUUGGGAGACAUACAUCAAAGCUAUAGCCGUGCAGGACGCUUAUUAA